CAGGGCCUGACCGACACGCAGAGGGCCUCCCCAGUUGUGGGGCCUCCCCCCUCCCCGCGGGCUGACUCGGUCUGUCCCCCAGGGCUGGACAUCCACUUCAUCCACGUGAAGCCGCCCCAGCCGCUGUCCGGCUGCACCCCGAAGCCCCUGCUGAUGGUGCACGGCUGGCCCGGCUCCUUCUACGAGUUUUAUAAGAUCAUCCCGCUCCUGACUGACCCCAGGAAGCACGGCCUGAGCGACGAGCAUGUUUUCGAAGUCAUCUGCCCUUGCAUUCCUGGCUAUGGCUUCUCGGAGGCGUCUUCCAAAAAGGGCCUGAAUUCAGUGGCCACGGCCAGGAUCUUUUAUAAGCUGAUGCUGCGGCUGGGCUUCCAAGAAUUCUAUAUUCAGGGCGGGGACUGGGGGUCUCUGAUCUGCACCAACAUGGCCCAGAUGGUGCCCAGGUGAGGGUCCCUGUUGGGGGGGU